AAAAUUACCCUCUGAAAGCCUGUAUUUUUUCCGGCAGUCUUCGCUGCUGAAAUCCGACAACGUUUUUUUUCGGUACAUAAAAUCCGACAACGUUGAAUCCUCCAAUUGUGUGCCGUUGAAAUCUAGGUAUCGGAUAGUAGGAUGCCGGUUUUCAAAACCCCAUUCAACGGUUACUCCGUCAAGUUGUCCCCUUUCUACGAGUCCGGACUUGCCGUCGCCACUGCUCAGAACUUUGGCAUACUAGGCAACGGCCGCCUCCACGUCCUCGACCUUUCCCUUACCGGCCCCGCCAUCACCGAGCUCACCGCCUUUGACACUGCUGACGGUCUAUAGGACGUUGUAUGGUCUGAAUCCCAUGAUUCCGUCCUUGUUGCUGCUAUCGCCGACGGCUCCGUCAAGCUCUACGACACCUCCCUCCCCCCACAAUCAAACCCCCUCCGUUCC